AAUAUUUAAACUACAAAGUUAUGUUGAGAUGACAGAGACUAAGUGUCAAACAAUUCAGAGUGACAAUAUUCCAUCAUGGAAAGUAUCAUGCGGUCUAUGCAAGAGUGCAAUGCUAUUCGUUAUCCAUCAUAUAGAACUGCUGCAAAAAUGCAAAUAUUACAUAGAGAAUUGAAUAUGAUACAUGUACAGCUGGAAUUAAUAGCAGGAGUAUUUGAACGUCAUAGGCUGUCCAUCACUGAAAAUUGUGUCAACUUAGACCCAAGUGAAAUUGAGGAUGUUCUAUCUGACAUCUAUUUUGCUGCGCAGAAAGAAAGUAAUUUCAAUUUUGACGUUGAUCUUGUAACCAAGCUUGCCACAAGUUAUAUCCUGAAUACUUUUGACAAACAAAAUACUGGAAACAUUUUAGUGUUUUCAGUAAAAGUUGCAUUAGUAUUGCUGUGUAGUGGUAAAUUACAAGAAAAAUAUGGAUAUCUAUAUCAACAAUUGGCUGAUCACAAUGCGUGUUUAUCUCGAGCUGGUUUGCAUACCUUAUUAACAAAUAUCUGCAAAAUAACAGAAAUGCUAGGAGAAAAUAUAGCGUAUGGAUAUGAACAGAUUCAGUCACAUAUAGAUGCCUGUUUUAUAAAGUCUCAGGGUGGUCUUGGGAUUACUGAAGUAGAAUUUGCUGCAUGGAUUAUGCAAGAACCUCCAUUAUUAGUCUGGAUAACAACAUUCAAUCGAAUAAAAUCUGCAGAACAUAUUGUACAUAAUAUCAGAUGUUCCUCAUGUAAAGUAACACCGGUACAGGGACCAAGAUACACAUGUUUAAAAUGUACGGGAUAUCAUCAAUGCCAGGACUGUUUUCUCUUAGGAAAAAUAUCAAAUAAACAUAAAUUGAAACAUCCAAUUCGUGAAUUUUGUGUGAAGACUUCACAUCGUGAAAUUACAAAGCUGAUUCUUGAACUGAUCAGA